AUGUCUGAGACCACCAAGAAAGAUGAAUCUUUUUCAAAUGAGAUUUCAGAGGGUGAUAAGUAUUUCAUUGAGCAACGGGAUCUGAUCUUACAGGACAUAAGUCAGUCCAUGGAUUCGAUAUUGAAUAAUUUGAACGGGCUUAACAUUUCCUUGGAGAACUUCAUCGCAGUCGGUAAGGAAUUUGAAAGCGUUUCCGAUCUGUGGAGUAAAUUCUAUGCGGGCGUGUCAACAGUAGACGAUGCUCAGACUUCUGAAGAUAACAUAACGGAAAACACGUAA